UGCUACUGGCACAGCAGACCAACAUUUCAUUAAUUGGUGUACGGGACGGGAGCAAUCGUCUCAAGUCAUAACUAACUAGCGCUCCAAGGUUGUUGGAUCGAGCAAAGGAAUUUGAAAUGAAAUGUUAAAAUCCAGGGACUAAACUGCUCACAGGAGGACACGGCUGUAGAAGGACAUAGCACUCUCUAAGAUUAUUUGCUGAUGCUGAAAAGUUCCUUCUAAAGUCAUCACAGCCAUGGAUCAAUGUUGGAUGCUAACGCUUGUAUUAGUUACCUACUUCUGCUUAUUUGAGUCUGCAUCAACUGAAAAGAUUGGAAAUAUCGCUACUUACAAGACAUCGUCCUUCCAAAACCCAGACAGCAAUGGCGAACUGAAUCAUGUUCUUCUUCAUAACACCUUGGGCAAUGUGUACGUAGGGGCGGUUAAUACAAUCUAUCGUCUUGACAAUAAUUUAGAACAUCAGAAGAACGCCAGUAUAUUGCCCACUUGCGAAGAUGAACGGAAUUGUGUAAAUCACAAUGAAAUACUCUUUGUUGAACCUUUGCGGAAUGCACUGAUUACUUGUGGGAGCUACACUGGGCAAUGUCAGCUGAGACAUAUAGAGGAAUUGACGGUUACCGCUGAGAUUGAUAAUUAUGUAGCAUCAAAUGAAGACAAGACAACAAUUGGCCUCUUGGCACCGGGACCUGGGAACAUAGACUGGUUGUAUGUUGCUGCUACAUUUAUAAGUGCUUUUCCCAAAAAUAAUAUUCCUCCAGUAUCGAGGAGAACUUUGGAUCCGGCAGUACCAGAUGCACUACUACUGUUAGCAAGAAAAGACGAUGAUACAGUCAAUUUCAAUAACCGCUAUAAGACUGACCCUUUUGACAUAACUUAUGUGUAUGGCUUUUCAUCUAGCGGUUUUGUUUAUUAUGUCACUCAUCAAAAUGACUUGUCCAAAGUGGUACGGGUUUGUCACAAUGCUGAUAGGCCAGUGUCGACCCGUCCAGACUUGGAUGCCUAUACAGAGAUUACCAUACAAUGUGGCCAAGGAUCGAGUGUGUAUCCCUUAGCCCAAGCAGCUUAUGUUGGACCAGCAGGACCCAACAUCGCUACGUCAUUGGGAAAAGAUUCAAGUGACUUGAUGUUGUACGCAGUCUUCACCAAGGAGAACAACUCAGCUCUCUGUAUGUUCAGUAUGAGCGACAUAGAAGGUGCAUUUCUUGCUACUGUUGGUAACUGCAUUAGGGGACCUGGGGGUAUCAGUGUCACCCAUCUGGAAGGAAAUAAAUGUGAUUCCACUAAUGUUCCAGAGAUCACUCCAUAUCUCUGUGACACCAGUGAUCUGUAUCAAUACGCAGAUAAUCCUAAUGCAGUUGAAGCCACACUGUUACUUGAGCAAGCAGGGACUAUGAUGUCAUCAAUAGCUACAAGCAUUGAGAUGAACUAUACCAUUGCUUUCAUUGGAACUUCAAGUGGAGAUCUUCUUAAGGUGCAUAUCGAGAGUGGAACAUCAGCUCGGUAUUAUGAGAGAAUUGAUCUUGGAGAUGCCCCAGUUCUGAGAGACAUUUCAUUCGAUGACACAAAGCAAGAGAUAAACAUACUCACCGAACAACAGCUUCUGAAACUUAAAGUGGAAAGUUGCGGCCAGUACCCAACGUGCCAGACCUGCAUAGGGAUGCCAGACAGCGACCCGUACUGUGGAUGGUGCACACUGGAGAACAAAUGCUCCAGACAGGAUGACUGUAAACUGGCAGAGGAAACCCGGCGGUGGCUCUCGUACAAUGUGGUUCAGUGUGUCGAGAUCAGUGCCAUAACUCCCUUCAGGAGCUUACCAAUCACAGAACCACAAAGAGAGAUCACACUGACUGUAGAGCAGCUACCUGUGCUUCAAGAUGGCCAGACAUAUAGCUGUCAAUUCAAUGAUCUCCAACGAACUCAAGGGACGACGGUUGGAGAUACUGUCGCCUGCAGCAUACCUGAAAUAAAUGCUCGACCACCAAUUCCUGCAUUAGAGGACAAUGUUAAAAUGACACUGAGCGUUUAUUCAGCAGAGACUUCAAUGAAUUUUGUUUUUGUGGACUUCAACUUCUAUGACUGUACUCGACAUCAAAAGUGCGGUGAGUGUGUUGAAAGCUUUUGGGACUGUGAUUGGUGUGUAUUUGACAAUAAAUGCACCCACCGUAGCAGUGAGUGCAGAGCUGCAGAAACCAUCGUCACUGGAAACAAUAGUACGGCUGUUGGCGAAAACCGAGGACCAGAAUUCUGCCCUCAGAUUCAACCCCAGGGUGGAGAGGUUCUUGUUCCAGUCGGCAUUUCAAGACAAAUAGCCGUCAAUGUCUCCAACUUGCCAGAGACUGACAUGAUCAUCUACAAGUGUUCCUUAUUAGUAGAAGAUGUACCACAGUCAGUCGGGGCAAAAAAAGUAUCAGAAAAUGUCAUCGAAUGUAAUAGUAAAGCGUACACCUAUAAAGCAGACGACAUGAAUGAGUUGAUUGCCCAGUUGUCCAUCAGUUGGAAUGGUACCAGGGAAUUUGAUGAUUUCAACAUAUUUAAUGUUACACUGUACAAAUGCGAUGUAGACCGGCAGGAUUGUAGUCGAUGUUUGGCAGUGGAGACAGCAAGACCUGAGCUUGAAUGUCGUUGGUGUGGUACGCAAUGUUCACACAUUGACAGUACAAUGUGUUUAAGUAGUGCUUUAGCACCAGGUAGUCAGUGUCCAGCACCUGAGCUUGAAAAGGUUUUUCCAGAAACUGGGCCAUUGGAAGGCAAUACUGUCAUUGCAGUAACGGGUACCAACAUUGGUCAGCGAUUUCAAGAUGUCCGAAGUGUUAUGGUUGGCCAACAGGCAUGUAACCUGACUGGACUGGAAGAUCAGUAUAUCACUGGUCGAAGUGUGAGCUGUCUGACUGCUUCAAUGAGCCCUGACAUUGAGCAGACUAUUACCAUCGCAGUGGCUCCGGUAGACGGGGGUGCAGACCUUGCAAGCACGGGAACGGUGACGUUUAAUUACAGGAAUCCUGAAAUAACGAGCUUUGAGCCGGUGGUUGGACCAGCUGCUGGGGGUACUCGGAUUAAGAUCAUGGGCCAACAUAUGAAUACCGGCAGAGACAUCACAGCUAUGAUUGAUACAAACGUAGCAUGUGACGUAAUAACUAAAAACAACUCCCAGAUUGUGUGCCAUAGUGCAAAUUCGACAGUGGGCAGAAGUGGUUUGAUCUCUGUGACAUUUGACGGAGCGGAGAGGAACUCGCAGGAGAGCUUCACCUAUCAACCUAAUCCAACGGUUUCUGCCAUACAGCCUCAAAAAAGUGUUGAAUCAGGUGGACGUUUAGUGAAUGUGACAGGUGUGCAUUUCGAGCAGAUUCAGUCGCCAAUGAUCGUAAUGAGUGCAGAUGGUGAAACUUUCAAAGAAGACUGCACUAUGGAUACAGACACUCUGAUGAUGUGCAAAACCCCCAAUGUGAUCUCAGCAUUUAACGGAUCAAGGAGUGCUGCAGACACCGAGAGUCAAGAUGCUGGAUUCACAGUGGGUUUCAUACUGGCCAACUUAUUCAUCGAGCUAGACACGUUUACUUAUGUCAAAGACCCAGUAUUUUACCGAUUUGAAGGAGAUGGUAACAUCCAGGACUUGGAGGGAUCUAAACUACAAAUACAGGGGGAGAGACUGGAUGAUGCACUGACUGAAUCCGAAGUGAAGGUGUUUGUUGGUAGUGAGAAGUGUACAGUAGAUGUCUUGGCAAACUCCAUCUUAACAUGUACACCACCCAAGAAUCAACCUCGACCCAUAGACUUUAGAAGUAAAACAGAGACCAGUAACUUACUACCAACUGUAUAUGUCCUAUAUGGUGAGGAACAAGUCUUGAUUGGCUAUGUGAGAUAUAAUACAGAACUUAACCUGGGUCUGUUUAUUGGCAUUGCUGCUGCAGUGCUACUCCUACCAAUCGUUGCGGUUGCAAUAUUCCUGUGGCGCAAACUACGAGGUUCUCGGAAGGAGAUUGGGGAGAUUCUGCUCCAGAUGGAUGAUCUAGAGAAAGGAAUGGCUGAGGAUCUUAGAAUAGCCUUUGCUGAGCUACAAACCAAUGUAACGGAUUUAACCCAUGAUCUAGCUGGUACUGGUAUGCCAUUUGUCAGCCACCGACAGUACGCUACCAACAUGUUAUUCACUGGUCUUGACAUCCAACCUACGACCUCUGACCCAGAGAAUCCUGAAGAGAGGACGGAGAGGGCCAUGGUACAGUUCAAUAAACUACUUGUCAACAAAACCUUCUUGCUAGCCUUCAUUCAAGCCUUGGAUGAUGAUAAAAAGAUCACUGUAAAAGACAAGUCAACUAUAGCAUCCCUUCUGACGGUUAUUAUGAUGCUGGAGAACAAAUUGGGAUAUCUAACUGACAUCAUGAUAACGCUGAUGUCAAAUCAAGUAGGGGAGGCUGUAGAUAAUAACAGACCAAAGCAGCUGUUCAGAAGAACGGAGAGUAUUGUUGAGAAGCUUCUGUCCAAUUGGAUCGCACUGUGUCUUUAUGAUCAACUUCAGGACCGCACAGCGUUCCCCCUCUUCCUUCUCUACAGUGGAAUAAAGGUCCAGACAGAGAAAGGGCCAGUCGAUGCUGUUACUCGGCAAGCUCAUUUCUCACUCAGUGAGGAACGUCUUCUGAGAGGAAGUGUUGACUUCAAGGAGAUGACAUUGAAAGUUGUAGUGGACAGUGAAGAUGGAGAGAAGAAGGAGGUACGAGUGAUGGAUGUAGACGCAAUCCCACAGGUCAAAGAGAAGAUUCUAGACUCAAUGUAUCGCAACAAACCUUACUCUAAUCGACAGAGAGCAUCUACAGUCAACCUUGAAUGGCGGCAGGGCAGAUCUGGUCGUCUGGUCUUGCAAGAUGCAGCCCUUCCUCAAAUGGCACUCGGAGAUGACAAGCAGACUGAGAACUUGCAGAAACUCAACACACUCAAAGAACUUGGGAUUCCAGAUAACUCACUCAUGGCGCUUGUCCCCAAAGAGACGCUCCAUACCUCCAUCAAUGAAGCUACCUCAGGUUAUGGACCAAAUGACGCAAACGUGUUUCCUCGAGAUACUGAACAGGAAAAUGGUACAGUCCUCUGGCAUUUGGAAAAACCUCAAGAUGAUGUUGAGGAGUCUGAGAAGCAGAAGAAGAAACGGCAGAAGGAACUAGCUCUGACUGGAAACAAGAAGAGCAGAGAUAUUACGUUCCCUCGUCUGCUCACCAUGAAGGGUAUCAUCCAGGACUAUGUAGAUAACAUGUUCCAGGCUAUUCUGACUGUAGAGAGCACCCCGAUGGCCAUCAAGUAUCUCUUUGAUUUCUUUGAUAGUCAAGCGAGUCGUCAUGAUAUGGAAGACCCAGAUAUUGUACAUAUCUGGAAGAGUAACACGUUUCCGUUGCGUUUUUGGGUAAGCAGUAUCACCCAUCCAAACUACAUCUUUGACAUCCGACCUACACCAUCUGUUGAGUCAAGCCUAGGGGUCGUAGGUCAAGCCUUCUAUGAUGCAUGUAACAAAUCUGACCAUCAGCUUGGAUGGGAAUCCUCAGUCAAUAAGCUUUUGUAUAACCGUGAAGUAACUAGAUACCGUGGUCAGGUUGAGUCCUACUACCAAGGCAUUGCAGACAUGGAGAGGAUUGAGACCAGCGACCUGCAGAGGGAGUUUGAUAAGACGUGUCAGAACUUUACAGGUUUGUUCAGCAAACUCAGUACCUUGCUGCAGCUUUACGAGUUCACCAAUCGCAACAAAGAUUUGCUUCUCAGGGCCAUGGAAGAGGAUGACAUCUGUGAGCAAGAGAAUCUUUCCUACGAGCUUGAACAAGUGGACACUAUCCUACAAGAUGAGUAAGAGGACAAUUCCCACUAGCCACUGGCUGUGUAGGUUUUCCUACGACAUCAUCAUCACCUCAUGCACGUUUGUUCGUCACAUUUUUAGCACUAUGACAUUUUCAGUACUUUGUAAGCUAUCUGUUAUUACUUACAUUUGGUGCACAGAUAUCGAGUGAAUAUACCUUUAUCACGGUGUGGUCAUCUUGAUUUUACUCCAUUCCAACUCAUUGUAACCAAAUUGAGGCUGGACGAAAUAAUAGUCUGGUGUCAGCAUGCGCGAUGAAUGUUAGCAUUAAUUACUGCUAUUGGAAACAGGGAACAUGACCAAGAUGGUGACAGCAUGAUAAAUGUCUAUACACCUUGUACAUGUAUAUGUAUGUAUUUUCUAAAAGAAAUUAUUGUAUUUGUACUUGACACUUUAUAAAGCACCUGUGACCUUUUUAACAAAAGUAUUUUAUGCAAUGUAAAGUUUAUUAUUACUAAUAUUAUUUUAUUACAUUUUAUUACUACUGUAAUUGUUGUUGUUAUUAUGCAUCUAUAAUAUAUAUUGACCAAGAGAAUCUUGUCUUUGACAAAUGAUAACCAAUAAUGACCAACUGGUGUGAAGCUUGUCAGCUCAUUGCCUUCAACUCAGUUCAAGUUACCUCACCGAAUGUUUGACUGCCAUAAAUUGCCGUUUACUUAUUAUUGUGGAGCGGUCUGAUAGUCUAAUGCACUGCAAUCCAGUCUGGGUAUCAUCCUUUUCAUGUCGCAUUGUGCUGUUGUCUUUGGAUGUGAAAAUCACUCACUAUGUGCUCCACUUUCUAGAAAGUUCUAGAACUUAUUAUAGUUCAAGUUAUAAUGAAUUAGAAUAACAGUAGAACUUAUUGUUCUAGUUAUAAUGAAUUAGAAUGAAAGUUAGCUUGAUGUACUGUAUAAAUAUUUACUACUUUUAUUUUUAGUGUACGAUAUGUCACAAGAAUGUUUACUUAAAGUUGUUAUUAAUCUGUGUUUUACUUACAAAUCCGCAAGGAACUCGAGUUUGAAAUUAAGUGGUUUGUGGAUUGCAGGGUAUAAAGUAUUGACCAUCAGCCAAAACAAAUGGUUUUCUUGAUUACAUGACUUCAUAAAUUAAUUAAUUAUUUCAUUUAUGAGGCAUCCUUGGCUGAUAAAUUCUGAAAAAAAUUAUGACUUUGAAGUUUCGUUAACUUUAAACCAGAAGCUGUUUUUCUCUUGCCAAUAUAA